GGUUUUGAGGAAAUAAGAGCUUAUCAUCAGAGAGGCCUUAGAGACAAGAUCUUUCUCAGUCACAAAGAAUGAACUCUGACAGUAGCUUCAUCUUCUCAUGGCCCACAGCAGCAGAAGCCAAGAAGGACUAUUUCCUGACAACAGAAGAUUUGUCGGACCUGAGUUAUCGCAUUCCACCUUGGCAUAGAUUUGGUAUGGGACGACCUUCCAAGUACUUUGAUCCUAAAGACUUGGAGAGGAAAGCAGAAGCCAAAUAUGGUGUUGAGGGCUUUAAAGCAAAAGUUGCCAGCCGGGAGGAGAGGAAUAAGAAACGGAAAUUAAAGGAAGAAAGUCGUGAAAACGAGGCCAAGAAUUAUGAGGCGAAGAAAUCAAAGCUGGUUGAAGAGAAUCCCAAUACUAUCAAACAGGUAGUGUCAGAUAUGGCAGGUCUGGUUGGCUUGACAAAGAAGUGCAGUGAAGAGCAGUUACAGCAGCUGGUUGUUAUGGUGGCAGAGAAGAAUAAGUCUGUCUUGAAUACCGCUAAUGAAGUGAAAGAUGUAGCUAUGUUGCCAAGGAAGAAAUUUACAGAGUUACAACCAGCCCUUGCCAAAUUAUUCAAUACAAAUGCCGAUGCAGCCUUGCAAAAGUCGACAGAAAAGCAGAAGAGAGAAGAACAAAAAGUCUUGCAGGUGAAGCAGCUAAACGAACAAGCAGCAGGUACGUGGAAACUCACAGUGACAGAUCCGCCACAGUGUGUGGGUGACACUGGGGACCUUACUCUGGACUUGGGAUUUGGUGCCAGUGGUGAGUUGUUGUUGGAUGAGGCCUGCAGUGGAGGGGACAUCAUGGGCUUCAAGGAUCCUAAGAAAGGAGAUCAGUUGGCUGAAAAGACAUUGCACUUCAAAACAGAACAGAAAGUCUGUGGAAAGUGGUACAAGGGUUCUCUUAGCGUGUCAAUGUCUCGUGAUGAGGAAGGGCUGCUGCUGACUGGGUCAUUCUAUCAAGGCUUCAAGGAAAGAAACUGCCCUUCACGAUGGAAAUUCACAGGAAGGCAAGAAGGCUCAGAUGAUAGCAAUGCAUAAGUGUGCUAUCUUCUUUCUCCAGCUCCCAACAGUGAAUGACAGUCAAAACAGACAGACUGCUGGUAUGCUGAAGAUUAUUGUACAUCGUAGAUCUGGAUGUUUCUAUCACAGUAAGAUUUGAAUCCAAUUUAAGGGACAGUUUACAUUUUUCGCCCUUAAAAUAAUGUUCUUAUUCGAUAACUUCCAGUAAUUUUGAGUGGAGAGAACUUUCUCUCUAGUAACCUUGUAUUUUGAUUAUUGA